UUUGCAAGAUGAGCCCAGACUUUCCCAUUUUAAGGUUGUAUCCCGUUCGGCAAGCAGCUCUUUUGUGAGUUAUUCAAAAUUUUUAAAUUUUAAAGAGUUCUUAGAACCAGAAAAUGUCUUGCAGAAGAUCAUUUGGACCCGGACCUGGCGCCUACAGCCUGCCCAGCACGUUCGGUCCUAAGAACUGCGACAAGAGGAUGCAAAGGAGUCCGGUUUUCAGCUUUGGAACAAGUUCAAGGUCCUGCAAUACCUCCGUAAGGAAAGCUGAAGGACCUGGACCAGCUGCCUAUCAUCUGGGCAAUGUCACGCGGUAUGGCCGGCCAGGGCAAAACGAUUUCUCGAUUUUCAGUCCGCACAAUCGUCGUUAGAAAAGUGAAGGAAGGUGUCCAAAUAUAUACACAUAUGGUUUAAA